GAACACGAAGCCUUUCCCGACUUGAUUUGUACGAUUGGAGGCGACGGACUACUCAUGCACGCUGCCAUGUUGUUUCAGGGCCCGAUUCCACCAAUACUGGCAGUCGCCGGCGGCAGCCUAGGGUUUCUCACCCCCUUUAGCAAAGAAGAAAUGGUGGACGCCAUUCGUGUUCGUAUUUGUUUAUCGAUCCGCAUGCGCUUGGAAUGCCGAAUUCUGAAUGGACAAGGCGCCGUCCGCGCCCGUUACAACGUCCUCAACGAAGUCGUUAUUGAUCGCGGUUCCAGUCCGUACUUGGCCGCCUUGGAAUGUUUCUGUGAUGAUGUUCACUUGACGACGGUCCAAGCCGACGGUAUAAUUUUUGCUACUCCAACGGGCUCGACAGCCUACAGCAUGGCCGCCGGUGGUUCCGUGGUCCACCCAGCCGUACCCGCUAUUUUAGUCACCCCAAUUUGUCCGCAUGUACUCUCCUUUCGAUCCAUGGUCUUUCCCGAUCACGUUGUGUUGCGGUGUUACGUUCCUGACGACGCCCGUGCCGAAGCAUCGGUGGCCUUUGAUGGCAAACACCGACAAGAAUUACACCGUGGCGAUUCGGUACAGAUCCAAAUGAGUGCGUACCCCGUUCCAACGAUCAACCGGAUGGAUCAUUCGUCGGAUUGGUUGGGGUCGUUAAAACAAAACUUUAAUUUCAAUACGCGACCUCGACAGCGACCGUUAUGA